UGGUGGGCAUAACUUGUGCGCAGAUUGUGUACUUUUUCCUCACAGAAAGUCGUUUGUUGUUAUUUUUCUUGCAGUGAGAAAGCGGAGAUGAAUCAGUUGGACGGAUACUGCAGCGCGUAAAAGUUGUGGAUGGUUACUUUUGCGCAUACACAUGUAAAAGACUAUUUUAUCUCCAAAAGUUGCGAUACAAAACAAAAGCAGGUGAAAUUCUUCCCUCUGCAAACACAUCGCCCACAAGCAGGCUGGAAGACCAUCCACUCCGGAGAACACAGCGAAUCCGCAGAGCGCAGAUGAUCGCAACUGGUGUUUGUGGUGUCGCGCUGGUGCUGGUGUUGGUGGUUCUGAUCCCGGUCAUGGUGAACACCGCCGGUACUCCUGCUCGCUACGAGAUGCUCGGGUCCUGCCAAAUGGUGUGCGACUCCCACGGGACCGCGGCCACGGCCACGGCCAAGGCAACCAACCCAAUCAAAGACAACCGUCUGGUGCAGUCGCUUCCGACGUUCAUCCAAGGUCCUCAAGGAGAGCCGGGACGCGUCGGGAGGAUGGGUCCGAGGGGUCCGGUUGGCGAGCCCGGGCCAUCUGGACCUGCUGGUCCGCCCGGAGAGAGAGGGGCACCGGGUCCACCGGGUCCACCCGGAGCACCUGGAGCAAAUGGGCCUAACGGUGCCAUCAGCGCUGCCACUUACAACACAAUCCCAAAGAUUGCGUUUUAUGCAGGACUGAAGAAGCAGCAUGAGGGAUACGAAGUGUUGAAAUUCGACGACGUAGUCACAAAUCUGGGCAACCACUACGACCCUUCUUCAGGGAAAUUCACCUGCUCAAUACCGGGGAUUUACUUCUUUGUUUACCAUGUGCUGAUGCGAGGCGGAGAUGGAACCAGCAUGUGGGCUGACCUCUGUAAAAACAACCAGGUGAGAGCCAGUGCCAUCGCCCAAGACGCCGACCAGAACUACGACUACGCCAGCAACAGUGUUGUCCUGCACCUCGAGCCCGGGGACGAGAUUUACAUCAAGCUGGACGGCGGAAAGGCGCACGGGGGCAACAACAACAAGUACAGCACAUUCUCCGGCUUCAUGUUGUAUGCUGAUUAAAACACGGAAAAGAUCCGCUGAGGGGGGAAAAGGAUCUGCAUAUAGCUUGCUUCACUGCUCAUCAAUGUCAGUUGGAUUAUUAGAGGCACAGCUCACCAUUUCCAUAUUGCAAGAGUCCAGAAAGAUGUGGAGGACGUCAUGCGAGAAAAAGAAAAUAACUGUACUUUGCAAUAGCAAAGAGCUUACAGUGUAAUUACAGACAAGUAAUAAUGCAUUUUAAAGUGUACAGCUUUGAAUUAUACCCUUGUCAGAUAGUGUCGCUAUUGCACCCUGAAUGAACUGUUUAACUUUACAAAUUAACUUCGCUAUGUCCACCAUACUGCUGUGGUAACACAUACUAAGUAAGUGUAAACUGGAAGUUCAAUGUAUUGACCUCCAGUGCUUAAUUAGAUACUGAAAUGAUAGGAUACUGACAUAAUCACCACUCUGUUCACAGUGUUAUUAGUCCAUGUGUGCUUUAUUUUUCAAAACUAUUAGAUAGUUGUUGCAUUUUGAGUGAAAAUGUUAAAAGCCGUAGUGAUGCAUGAUUAUAAAUAUGACAUGUUAACACCGUGCAGCAUCAAAACACUUCAAAGAAUGUGUAAAGGGCCGUUAUAAUGUUCAUAUUGAAGCACUGUCACAAAAUAAUCCUUGUAAUUCAUUUUCUCUCAAUACGACAGUUGGUUGGGGCAACAGGGUGGUCUGGCGGUUAGUCACCAUCACAAAACUGGACAGUCACGCUGACAUAAAUGUUUCCUCGAUAUACAUCGAUCUGCCUGCUGAUUGUGAAGACUGUCAGCUAAUGUGUAAAAUAUGUCAAAAAUAAAUCCUCUGGCUCACUUUUUAAUCCUCUCGGAAGAUUAAUCAAAGUUAUAUUGUUUUUUUUUCACGGCGCACAGUCACUUGUGGCGAUCAUGCCAUUGAUCAUGUGGUGAAGUCACCCUGUGAGGCCACCUGUUCCCAGAUGAGAGGAGAACAUGUCCUUCAUCCAGUCAGCCUCCCAUAGACACCCACUGAGGGGCAACAGGACAACUCAUCCAACACAGCCGCAUUAUGUUGAGAGCAGAGCGGCAUACUGAUUACUACCGCGCUCAUUAUUGUCAUUGUCAUCUGCAGAAAUGCCACUUACGAAUACAAAGAAAGCAACGUUGAGCACCAUAUUUGUAAGCAGUGAGCACCACUGUAGAGUGUAGACAACACCUCCAGAGAAAGAGUUUUAGAUUGCAUUCACAUUUCUGCAGGCAAGAAGCUAUUUUUGUGUGACAUAAAUGGGACCAAAACAAGACUGCUAAUGAGAGGCACUGUGAUCCUGUGAGGCUCCUUCAUAUUAUUAUCAAGUGAAUAAUGUAUAAUCACAAAUAUAAAAUCAUGUUUUAAUUAAUGAGGACCUCUGUACAAACUCUUUAAGCUGAAUGAAACAACAGCCUGUAAUUAUUUUCCAUUGGAAAGACAAAGUUACAAAACAUUUUGCUUUGCUGAAAAAUGUAAGAACAUUGACAUUAAAGACAAAUUGAUGCACAAACAUUGUACGCUCAUUGAUUUGAG